CGGAGCGAGUUGAAGCCGUCGCCACGUGACAUUCAGCCACCAAUCAGGUGUCAGUAGACGGCGAGCUAGCUACUGCACGGAGGAGGAAGUUGUCGGAGCGGAGGGCGAGCGAGCGACGGGAGAGCUGAACGAUGACUCGUGGAAACCAGCGUGAGCUUGCUCGGGCAAAGAAUCUAAAGAAAACUCAGGAUAAGAUGAAGAAGUCUGAGGAUGGAUUAUCAGCUGCUGCACGGAAGGAGAGAGAUGCUCAGAUAAUGCAGGAAAAACAGAAAAAGGCUACGGAGAAAAAAGACGAUCCAAAAUAGCAUCUGUGGAUGGCUGCGUGACUAAAGGCAGAAGACGAUGACCUGAAGAUCUAUCAUUUAGAACGUGAAAAUAAAAACAUUUGGCUAAAUGAUUUUGUUUGCCCAGAUGCAGUCAUUUUGUUUUUCUCGCUGUGCUUUGUUCCCAGCCGUUUCCUCUUUGUCAAAAAAAACAAAAAACAGUAGCGUACAAUUUUCUGCCACAUGUACAUAUUAUAAAUAUACACCACUCAAUCCCCAACCUGCACAAAAUUCAGGCCCCUUUUUUUACCUUUUAGCUUUAUCUGCAUGCUGAUCUACAAUUGAUUAAGUCAGCUAUUGCAAAUACCUGUCACUGAGUUUAUCGCUGAACAAGGUGCUUUUACCAUGACUGAAGUAACCUGUCAUUUUUGUAUUCACGGUAGACCUUGUCAAAUAUUUAAUAAAGUGACUUUUUUUCCGUGAAAA